AUGCCUCCAAAGCAACAAUUAUCUAAAGCUGCCAAAGCUGCUGCCGCUAUGGCCGGUGGUAAGAAGUCCAAAAAGAAGUGGUCCAAGAACAACCACAAGGACAAGGCUCAACACGCUGUCAUCUUAGACCAAGAAAAGUUGGACAGAAUCAUGAAAGAAGUCCCAACUUACAGAUACGUCUCCGUUUCUGUCUUAGUUGAUAGAUUAAAGAUUGGUGGUUCUAUGGCUAGAGUUGCUUUGAGAGAUUUAGAAAAGCAAGGAAUUAUUAAGCCAGUUUCUAAGCACUCUAAGCAAGCUAUCUACACCAGAGCUGUCGCUUCCGAAUAA